UUCAAAUUUAAUGUACGUAAAACCAAUAUCCUCUUUAACUCACAUUGGCAGAUAUUAUGUCCGCAUCAUUAAGGACUUAUCAGUAGUAAAAUAAAUUCCAGCUGGAUCAACUGUGCUUGUUGGUGGUUUUGGGUUAUGUGGUAUUCCAGAAUGCAGCAUCAAUGCCUUAAAAGAUGCAGGAACAAAGAAUCUCACUGUUGUCAGCAAUAAUUGCGGAACAACCGAUCUUGGAUUAGGAUUACUUUUAAAUAAUGGAUAAUUAAAGAGAGUUAUUGCUUCAUAUGCAGGAGAAAAUCACAAUCUUGCUAAGUAAUAGAAAUAUAGAAUCGUUUUAGGUAGUACUUUGAUGGAACUUUGGAAUUAGAAUUAAUACCUUAAGGCACUUUAGCUGAAAAAUUAAGAGCUGCUGGUGCUGGUAUUCCUGCAUUUUACACACAUACUGGAACAGAUACUGUUGUAGAGAAAGGAGGAAUACCCAUCAAAUAUCAUAAAGGUGGAGAUUCUGUAGAAAUAGAAUCUAAACCUAAACCUGUAAAUCUUUUUAGUUGACUUUUAUAGGUUGAAUAUUUCAAUGGAAAGAAGUACAUUAGAGAAGAUUCUAUAUGGGGAGACUAUGCUUUGAUUAAAGCUAACAUGGCUGAUACCAAUGGUAAUCUUAGAUUUGCUGGAACAGCCAGAAAUUUCAAUCAAGACAUGGUCAAAGCUGCCAAAGUUGUCAUUGCCGAAGUCGAUACCAUUGUACCAGUAGGAAGCUUUGGCUUUGAUUAAGCACAUGUCAAUGGAAUCUAUGUUGAUUAUCUCUAUUAAGGAAAUAAUUAUCUUAAGACUGUAGAAAGACUUGUCUAUGAUUAAAGUGUAUAUGAUAAACAUAAGGGUACUCUAUAAAAUCUAUAUAUAUAGAUAUCAAACCAUAAGGAAAAUUGAAUGCAACAAGGAACAGAAUUGCAAAGAGAGCAGCCUAAGAAUUCCAGGAUGGAAUGUAUGUUAAUUUAGGUAUUGGAAUCCCAACACUCAUUCCUGCUUUCCUUGAUUAAAGCAUGACAAUUCAUUUUCAUACAGAAAUCGGUGCCAUUGGAGUUGGUCCAUAUCCUAGAUUAGGUCAUGAAUUAGGAGAUCUUCAAAAUGCAGGAAAAGAAUCUGUCACUUUGAAUUCAGGUGCUACAACUUUUGAAAGCAGUGAAUCUUUUGGAAUAAUCAGAGGAGGACAUUUAGACAUGACAGUAUUAGGAGCUAUGUAAAUUACAAAAGAAGGACAUAUUGCUAAUUGGGUCAUACCAGGAAAGAUGGUAAAAGGAAUGGGAGGAGCAAUGGAUUUAGUUGCAUCUGGAUCAAAAGUACUUGUUGUUAUGGAGCAUACUGCUAAAGGAGAAGUUAAAUUUGUUAAAGAAUUAUAAUAUCCAGCUACAGGCAUGAACAAAGUUAGUCAAGUUAUCACAGGUAUUCAGUUUUUAUAUAAUUUUAGACAAGGCUGUGUUUGUUAAGAGAGAUGGCCAAUUGGUUUUGACUGAAAUUGCUAGUGAUACUACUCUUGAAUGGGUUAGAGCCAAUACAGGAUUUGAGUUAACAGUUGCCAACGAUCUAAAAACCUUCUAAGUUUGAUACAUUAUAAUAUAUUAAA